CGUGGUUGUCUGCAAAGAGGAAGAAGACGAAGACGAGCCGCCAUGUCGACGGCGUCCACCACGCAAGACGAUGCGAGCGAAGACCCGACGAGCACGUCGUCCGCCACGAACCGCACGGUGGCCGAGAGCGACGGCGGCGUGGAGUCGAACCUGCUCGAGAUGAUGAGCCUGAGCGUGCACGAGCUGCAGCAGCUGUCGGCGCUCAACGACGAGGGUCCGCGGGCACCCGUCAACAGCUUCGAGAGCCUCGCGUCUGACAACCCCGUCGGAUCGAACGAGGACGCCCCCUCGCCACGAUCCCGCCUCGGUCCUUCUGACAAGGCCGGGAACAGGCCGCAGCCAGCGCUGGUCAGAGCUGACCGCACCGUGACCGAGACGAUGUCGGGAGAGGCCAAGGCUCGACGCCCAUGGUACGGCGCCUCGGCGGCCUCGCUGGCCUGCAUGGUCGUGCUGAUGGUCGUCAUCCUGGCGGCAGUCGCAUACGGGGUCUUCCUCUUCCGCCUGGGACACAUCCCGGCCCCGGAGAAGAGGGCGGGCGCCCACUGGUCUGCCAACGACACCGGUCCUGGCCGUGGUUGACCGAAGCGGCACUUGGGCGCAAGGCGUCGCUUUAGUAGACAGUGCUCGGCUGGUCCGAUUUUCCGUGUUUUAUUGUUUUAUUCGCUGCCGAUAAACGAGCUGUACGAUUUCUAACACAUCUGUUAUUUACGGCUCAAUAAGAACACGUUGCGGCAGCUGAAUUCAGAAUACCGCCGAUACCUUCAAUGCCCUUGUGCCCUCUAAAGCGGAAGCGCCCUUCUUUGCAUCAACUAAAGAUUGCGCAAAAAAAACUGCGAUUUUAAUAAAUAUAAACGACGUCCACUCUUUGUUAGAGACCACAAUAUGAAACCUUACCGCCUCGUUUCCAUGACAUUAGGUGAACAUUUUUACCAAAGAUGUAGAAGAAAGAGAAGUUGAGCAAUCAAAACAUUACAGAAAUGUUUACGAAUACGUUUGCAGGGUCAUCGGUAUUGCUAUCAGGAUUCGCUACCGAUAUUUGUUCAUAUGAUUUGGCUUUGCGCUAUUCACCCUCCUUGUCGUAUGUGCAGCGCUACUCAAAGUUUGUCUUUCGUAGGUGCAUAUACUCCUGCGCUUUAGACUUUGUCCUAAUGCCUUUAGCUGUGCCCGUUAUUUCUUAUUGUACGCAGAUCGGUAAGGACAAUAAAUCGACCGUCAACACGUG